AUGCCCCGGUUGUCACCGAGCCUUGUGCGCCGAGCUGCAUCAACUGACAAGAACGAUGUCUUGAAGCGAAUACAAAUUCUCGCCCAAGACAAAACGAGUUGGGCCGACACGCUCGCGCUUCCUAAAUCGCGAUUCCCGCCUCGCCCGUCCCUUGAGCAGCUUGACAUUUACCGUCGACGAUGCGCCGACGAUCUGUAUGAAUGGCAGUGGAACACUAGGGGAAAUGGCAAUGCUGCUGGGGACUUCGUCCUGCAUGACGGUCCGCCGUAUGCGAAUGGAACGGUGCAUGUGGGCCAUGCGCUGAACAAAGUGCUGAAAGAUUUGAUGCUACGAUCGGAGCUCUCCCGUGGCAAAAGAGUGCAGUAUCGGCCAGGCUGGGACUGUCAUGGGCUUCCGAUUGAGCUCAAGGCUUUGCAGCAGUCAAAGGAUGCGGGAAAGCAGGGACAUUCAUCGAAGAAUACGCCGGCACAGGAAGCGCGGGCUGCGUCUGAUGCAUCCAACAAGAUGAGCGCUUUGGAGAUCAGAACGGCUGCCAGAAAGCUAGCCAGCGAGACAAUCGAAUUGCAGAAAGCGAGUUUUCGAGGAUGGGGUGUCAUGGGCGAGUGGGAUCGUCCUUACAAGACCAUGAGCGAUGACUUCGAGGUCAGGCAGCUGGGCGUUUUCCGAGRGUUGCUACGGAAUGGCCUCAUUUCGCGCCACCAUAGGCCCGUGUACUGGUCGCCUUCGUCUCGCACAGCUCUCGCAGAAGCCGAGCUUGAAUACGAUGACAGCCACAAGUGUACCGCUGCCUUUGUGAAACUUCCGCUUGUACGACUCCCGGAUGUCUUCAAGACCAACCCGUCGAUCAAACCGGGCAGUGUGAGUGCACUCAUAUGGACCACCACGCCUUGGACUCUGCCAGCCAACAUGGCCAUAGCCAUCCGGAACGACAUUGCGUACUCGGUCGUCAAUAUACACUGUGCUUCAGAGGAAAUUUCCAGUGAUGAUCAACUGAUCGUGGCCAAAGACCGGAUCGAACAUGUACUUUCGCAUUUGUCCCCGGAUGCCACCGUGACUACUAUUGUGGACUCUGUGCCUGGCUCGCAGAUUGUCACUGGCGGGACGGCGUGCUUCAAUCUCUUCACUGCGACAAAUUCGCCCAUCCUACAUGCUGACUUCGUAACGGCAACAACGGGCACUGGCCUAGUCCACAUGGCGCCGGGUCAUGGCAUGGACGACUAUACAGUAUGCCAGCAGCACAACAUCGGGCCUGCCUUUGCACCGGUCGACGAUGAAGGAAGAUACACUUCCGAUGCGUUCUCCUCACACGUCGAUGGGAAGAGUUUCCUCGGUCUGAAUGUUCAGACAGCUGGAGUGAAAGCUGUCCUUGAUGUGUUGAUGAAGCCUUCAAAGUACUUGCCGUCCGGCGUAAAUGAGACGCGUACCAGCCUUUUGCUUGUUGCCCACAAGUUUACGCAUAAGAAUCCAAUCGAUUGGCGUACCAAGCAACCAGUUAUUGUGCGUGCGACAGCGCAAUGGUUCGCCAAUGUGUUCGCGAUCAAAGACCGAGCUUUAUCGGCUCUGGAWGWUGUCCGCUUCAUCCCUGACAGCGGAAAAGUAAGACUACGAAGUUUUGUUGAAGGACGAAGCCAGUGGUGCAUAUCUCGCCAGCGUGUUUGGGGUGUGCCCAUCCCCGCUCUUUAUAAUCUAGAGAGCGAUGAAGUUUGCAUCUCGCCCGAAAGCGUUGAUCACAUCAUCUCUAUCAUUGAGCAGAAAGGCACCGAUGCCUGGUUCUCAGACCCACUAGACGAUCCUUCAUGGCUACAUAAGUCGCUCGAUCCUGGGAAAUGGGUUAGAGGCUGGGACACCAUGGAUGUGUGGUUCGACUCUGGAACCACAUGGACCUCACUAGAAAAGAGAGGCGAUGGCGUUCAUCUCAGUGAUGUGUAUGUGGAAGGAACAGAUCAGCACCGUGGAUGGUUCCAAAGCAGCCUCCUCACUGCUAUCGCCACUCAAGACCCCGACGACAAGCCUCGGGCUCCUUUCAAAACGCUCGCUACCCACGGCUUCACUUUGGACGGGAUGGGCAAGAAGAUGAGCAAAAGUCUUGGCAACGUUAUUGCACCCGAGGAGAUUAUAUCAGGUACUCUAAUACUUGCCUCGACCAAAGCCAAGAAUAAGAACAAGGCGAGCAGUGGACAGAGCUCGCCAACAAAAUCGAAGGCCCGGAGCACAUUGGGGCCUGAUGUUCUACGCCUAUGGGUAGCGUCCUCGGACUACACCAAAGAUGUAUCCAUCUCGCAGCCUAUACUUCAGAGCGUUCAGCAGGCUUUGCAAAAGUACAGGGUAACUUUCAAGUUCCUACUCGGAGUCCUACACGACUAUCCAUCACCGUCUCCGCAACGUUCACUGCUCGCAGAGUUGGACUUCGCCGAUCAGGUCAUCCUCCACCAACUAAGCAAAUGCAGUCACACGGUAUUUUCUGCGUAUGGCGAAUACAAAUUCUUCGCUGGGAUCAACGAGAUCAACAAAUUUGUCAACAAUGACCUCAGUGCUUUCUAUUUUGAGAUUGUGAAAGACAGGCUAUAUGCCGGAUCUACACUCGUGAGGAGACAUACUCAGACCAUCCUCGUCCACAUCACGCAGGAACUUACAAGAAUGCUGGGUCCUGCAACGCCGCAUCUUGUUGAGGAGGUUUGGGAGUGUUUGCCGGAAGCUAUGAAGCAGACGCAUUCGCUCAACAGUCUGGAUAGUGCUGCGGUAUCAGAUCUAAGUCUGCACCCGUUGCGCCAAGUUUGGGAUCGACCGUUCGAUGCGACACGUGCUGGCCUCCAGAAUGGAAAUUCUCUUGACGGUGCAAUUCGAGUGUUCCGAACGAUCAGUUCUGCUGUCAAGAUCGCACAAGAGGAGGCUAGGGCCGCAAGACAGCUAGGCAGUGGUCUUGCUUGCAAAGUCGUCAUAUGUUUGCACAAGGAGGUCAAGCUGGACCAUCAAGAUUUCGAAUGGCUCCACGCCGCCGAUUUGGCAAGCCUCUUGGUUGUCAGUCAGGCGGAAAUACACUCGUGGGAUGGACUUAUGCCCAUGCCCGUGGAGUGGCAAUAUGAGCAGCCGAUUGUGAACUCAGAGUGGCACGGGUCCCAUGAGCAAAGCACUUGGGGAAAGGUCAUUAUAUUGCCGCCCAGUGGUGAGAAGUGCGUUCGAUGUUGGAAGUAUACUGCAGAGGAUCAGACGCUGCCGUGCGCUCCGUGUCGCGAAGCUGUGUCAGAGGCUUUGUAA